AUGCGGGGACCCGCGACGCAGUGCCUGGCACAGUGCCACUUACUACCUACCACCACCACAACCACCACUACCACCACUACCAACACCAUCACCACCACCACCACCACAUUACCCUCGCCUUGGUUGAGUCGCAUCACUUUCCCUGGUCAUGAUGCAGAGUUAAUCCUCUUUCCCUGCUCGCGACCAAGUACAGGAAGAAGAAGAAGAAGAAGAAGAAGAAGAAGAAGAAGAAGAAGAGGAAGA